GGAGGCGCGUCGUCGUUGUUGUAGCCGGCAACCGUCAAACUUAACUAGACAUACCAAAAUUGUUGCACAUUUUCAAGAAUUAUUUCGUCAAACAAUGCAAUAAACAAACGAUUUAAGAAACCUUUUACGAACCAAUAUUAUAUUCUGCUCAAAAUCCAUAAUUAAACCAUACUGCCGGAUCACACGUGGUCGGUCUUUCAUCAAGCAAUAAGGGGCUGUUUUUUUAGAAAAACUGAAAAGAAUGGCUGGAACAGAUGUAGCUGCUCUGGCAGCUGACCUGGCUCGAGCAGUUGAGCUGACAAUGAGUUGUGAGGCCUCCCAAGCUGAUAGGUUAAAGGCGUAUCAAGCAUGUGAAAGUUUCAAAGAAACAUCCCCUUUGUGUGCUGAGGCAGGCCUUUAUCUGGCUGCCAGCAAUCAAAACAGCCUUAUUGCUAGACACUUUGGGUUGCAAUUGAUGGAAUACACUGUUAAAUAUCGCUGGACUCAAAUUAGCCAACAGGAAAAAAUAUUCAUAAAGGAGAAUGCCAUGAAGCUUCUAGCUGCUGGAGGAAUCAGUGAGGAGAUCCACAUGAAAGAUGCCCUCAGUAGGGUGAUUGUAGAAAUGGUGAAGAGAGAGUGGCCACAACAGUGGCCAAGUCUUCUCAAUGAACUCUCUGAUUCUUGUGCAUGUGGAGAAACGCAGACCGAAUUGGUCUUGUUUGUUUUUCUCAGACUAGUCGAAGAUGUUGCUCUGUUGCAGACAUUGGAAUCAAAUCAAAGACGAAAGGACAUUUAUCAUGCACUUACAGCAAACAUGAGUCUCAUCUUUGACUUUUUCUUAAGGCUUAUUGAACUUCAUGUCAGCCAACUGAGGGCUUGCAAUGAAGCCAAUCCUUCUAAAGCAGCAGCCCACAGUAGAGUUGUGCAAGUGGUACUGCUCACUUUAACAGGCUUUGCCGAAUGGGUCUCAAUGACCCAUAUAAUGGCACAGAAUGGCAGACUCUUGCAAAUCCUUUGCCUGCUGUUGAGCGACAAAGCGUUUCAAUACCCGGCAGCAGAAUGCUUGUCCCAAAUCGUGAAUCGCAAGGGCAAAAUCGAGGAAAGAAAACCGCUGAUGAUGCUCUUUAGCACUGAAACCAUGCAGUGUAUUCUAGCGGUUGCAAAAAAUCCAGGAAAUGUUGCGGAUGACCAGUUUUACUUGUUCAAAAAGAAGCUGAUCCAGGUUCUUGGCGGAUUGACUACCCAAUUGUGCAUAAUUUGCUCUAAAGAUUCCACUUAUAGGCCAUUGAAUUUUGCAAUGUUUCUUGAAGCGGUUUUGGCAUACAGCGCGCAUUCAAGCUUGGUAUUAGCUCAUUUGGCCAAUCCGCUUUGGAAUAGUAUGCUGAAACAUGAUCAAUUAUCUAGGGAUCCAAUUUUUCUCAGUUCUAUACCGCAAUGGGUUCAGUGCACUGCACCGAAAAUUAUCAAAUUCAGUUACCCAGUGGGCAAAAGUCCAACGAAUGGCCUAAGAGAAACGCUAGCUUAUGCUAAACUAGAUUUUGACAGUGAGGAAGAGUUUUCUGUUUAUUUUUAUAGGUGCCGGUCAGAUAUUCUGGAUUCGUUCAGACAAGCUACCAUUGUGGCUCCUCUCAUAACGUUCAACUAUGUGGAGCACUGGUUGCUAAAAUGUCUUUCAUUGCCAAAUACAUCUUAUGGAUUGACUCAAUCGGAUUCUUUUUAUCAGGAGUGGGAAGCUCUGGCCAAUUUCCUGGAAAGUGUAUUGAGCAGGGUGUUACAAGCAUCGGAAAGACCGCCGAUUUCAACAGGACUGAGACUGUUGCAAAUGUGUCUGACAUAUCAGCCUAUAGAUCCAUUGAUUAUCUCGACUUUGCUAACGUGCAUUUCUGCACUGUUUGUGUUUUUGAGUAUGUCAACUGGACAAAUGGCACCUGCAGCAAAUUCUGUAGCCGUUUCUGGUGCAGCGCUUCUGCCCCAAGUGUUAGAAAAAAUAUUCGCCACUCUGGUUUAUGUGCCCGAAGGGCAGAAGAAUCUUGCCAGAUCCAGGCAAUUAAAGAACGUUCGAAAGCAUGCAGCGUCUCUGAUAGUGAAAAUUGGGAAUAAAUAUCCGUUGUUAUUGCUGCCUGUUUUCGAUCAGAUAAAAGCCACUGUCGAAAAUCUGGCAAGUCAGGACGGUCCAGCUCGAUUGAGUAAUCUGGAAAAAGUCACCCUUCUGGAAGCUUUGUUGUUGAUUUCCAAUCAUUUCGGCGAUUAUGACAGGCAAAGCAUGUUUGCUGGAGAUAUUUUGCGGGAAGCGAACGUUCAGUUUCUUGGCAUUGUCAGCUCUGGCGCCCUCAAAGGAGUAGCAGAGUUUAUUUCCUUUAUUGGCCUCGAUAAACCUCCAGUGCCUGAAAAUACUGUUGAUAUUUACGGGCAGAACAGGAACAGUCUCGUGUUUUGUGUAAAUCUAGUGUUGGGUGCUAUUAAACGAUGUUCGUGGCCAGAUGAUCCCGAGCGGGCAACUCGCGGAGGUUUUGUGGUGUCGCUAACAGAAUCAGGUAAUCCUGUUUGCCGUAACCCAUCUGCUCCUCACGUGGUGCCUUUAUUGCCCCACAUUCUCUCUCUUAUUAAAAUUUUCAAUGAAAUGUUCACUCCGGAAGCGGAUAUGUUGAUUCAUGAAGGUUAUAAAGGCUGUCUAGCAAUUCCGGAAGUUGAAAAGGCUACUUUGCUAGGGACAGUAGGGCAUGUAGACAAUGGCGAGCAACUGGUGGUACAAAGUUCUUUGGAACGAAUGCAGUGGUUUCUUACAGCGCUCCAUGAGAGCUGUUUUCAUUUAGUGGGCUCAAUGGGGCCUUCUUUAGGCAGAGAUUUGUAUAAUAUUCCUGAUUUAGCUGUAGCAGUAAUUAAUAGCAUUUUGUCGCGUUUACAACAUAUGCCUGACUAUAGACUGAGGCCCAUUAUCCGGGUGUUUUUGAAAUCUUUCAUGUACUCUUGUCCAGCUCCAUAUCAUGAAAUAGUGGUCUUACCCUUGCUAGCUCACGUUGCACCGAUAUAUUUAACCAAGUUACAAUCGAAAUGGCAGGGAGUUAUCGAAUUUAGAAACCGGGAGGUUCAAGAAGACAACGCCGAUACUCAGGAACUGUUAGAAGACUUUCUAACAAGGGCAUUGACCAGAGAAUACCUAGACUUACUUAAGGUUGGGUUGGUUGGGGGCAGUUUGACACCGGAGUCCAAUUCGGGCACGAUGGAAACGGAAGAGCUAAGCAACUCCCCAACGCCGCCUUCAACUCGAUCCAAUUUGACUGCUGAAGUUAUUUCAGAUUUGGGCCUAAUAUUGCUUCGAAAUGACAAAACUUGCCAACCUAUCGUGUUGACGGUUUUGGGUGCCUUAAGCUGGAUCGACAGUACUGCUUCAUUGAAAGCUACGCAACUAGCUGGACCUAUAGUGCGACAACUAACAAUAGACGCAUCUUUGACCGGGGAAAUGGCCACGCACAUUAUGGUUGCUGUGUUGAACUCACUGAUUCUGCACGGCCAGCACGAAGGCAAUCAAGGGCUGCUGUUGACUUUGGGAGCUCAAGUCUACGAGAUGUUGAGGCCGUCUUUUGUUGAAGUAUUGGGAGUAAUGCAGCAAAUCCCCGGCGUGAAUCCGGUCGAUCUGCAGAAGUUGGAUGAACGAAUUUCUGGUAGUACAAGCAAAGGAAAUAAAAUCGAAAAGGUGAAGAAGGAUUUGUUCAAGAAGCUAACAGCGAAUCUUAUAGGAAAAAGCAUGAGUCAGUUAUUUAAAAAAGAGGUCAAGAUCAACAAUUUGCCUCAUAUUCCCGCAUCCAAAAAGGACUGCAAAGAACAAGUGCCAGAUUUAAGCAGCUUUUACGCCAUUUAGUGGUUAAUUUUUUAUGUAUUCAUCCUGGGACUAGAAUAAAUUAUUUAAAUUAUAAA